UGUGUCGUGAACAAUUUUUUCCUUAAUUUUAAAAUGAUCGUCUAUCUGAUACUUGGGCUAUUAUUGACAUCAGUAAGAGGAGAGAAGAAAAUCAAUCUUGAAGAUAUAGAGCAGGAUAAUUUGAGAUCAGAAAGUAAAUCGAGUUCUGAAUUGCAGAAAACGUCAUAUUCAGUGAAGCCAAAACCACCAAUUAGUAGUGAUGAUUAUCGAUCAAGUACCCUUCAAUAUCAAAAUGGUGGUGGCGGUGGAUUAGGGAGUUUUACUACAGCCAAACCACCUCAUGUGAAUUAUCAGGAGUCUGGUGAAUACGAGCAAGAAAAUUUACCAACAGAAUUUAAGUAUCAGCAAGUAAAUAGUGUGCAUGACAGCUCACAAUACCCUGAGUAUACGGAUCAAAUUGAAGUCAUGCCAAAAAGCAAUUCUCAGUUCAAUUAUCAGCAGCAGUUGUAUUACGAGCCAGAAAUUUCCGUUGGCAAUCAAUAUCAAACUAUCCAACAGAAAACUGCUACAGAAAAAUACCUCUCGAACGGGUAUAAAAGUACAAUUUAUAUUCCUAUGAAUCAAAUUUUGGCUUACUAUCCGCAUUUGUCUCUGGGUCAAGGGUCCUCGGGAAAAAGUGAGUCUUUUCUCCAUCAACUUGCGAAUCAAGUUGGUCAGCAAAUACCCAUUCCUCUUUAUACUUCUGGAGCCCUCAGCCGUACCUCAAUUUAUAUGCCUUCUAAGCUGACCUAUAAAAUUCAACCUCAGCAUAUCACAUAUGCAUCCCAGUAUCCUUUACAUACACAAGCAAUAAUUUCAGGAAAGAAACAAACUGGCCGACUUUACUCUCAAGAUACUCAGCCAAAGGAUUUGCUCACCACACAAACCGUAAUCGCGCAACCGCAUUCUCAGUAUCUCCAAGAAUUGCUUUAUUCAAGUCCACUUUAUACCCAGACAAAUCUUGAUCAACUAAAAACGUAUGCGACCACACCAGUCUAUGUAAAAAGCCACUCAAAUCCUCACUCAAGCAUUUUGCAGCAAUAUACUCAGUAUAUGAAACCCAAAAAGCUUCAGUAUGUCGUUCCAUUGGCUAAAUCAACUUAUCACUCAAACGGAAAUACUCAUCAAAAUUCAGAUGCAUCAAAAGAAGGUUUAACUCCACCUCAAUUACCGGCACAAAACUUUAAGUUUGAUCACUACUCUAUUUCCGGCGAGAGUGAUAGAGAGCAUUACGUACAGAAUCAUGAUAAUGAGUUGUCAGAACCUCAGUCUCUUCUUGACUCUUAUAUUCCAAGUCACGUGAUUGCUGCUAAAGAUGCAGAAAGAUAUAGAGAAAGACCAAUCAAACUUGAGAGUGGAUUUCUCCCAUCAAAAAUAAGCUUAAUUCAUUCAUACAAAAAACGUAAGACGAAUUCCAAUUGAAAAUUAUAUCGAAUAGGUAAUAAUUAUCAUUUGAAAUUUUUUUUUUCUAUUUUUCAUUCUUUUUUGGGCUUGUUUGAUCACAAAAUUUGAUGCUAUAGUAAAGUAAAAUAUUGCAGGCAUCUUCAUACUGAUGUUAUGUCAGACGCUCUAUCUAGUCUUUUAUUAAGAUCAAUAAUAGAUCACUUUAAAUCAUUG